AUGGCUGAUGGUCAGAUGCCCUUCCCCUGCCACUACCCUGGCCGCAUCCGCAGAGACCCUUUCCGGGACUCGCCCCUGUCCUCUCGCCUGCUGGACGAUGGCUUCGGCAUGGACCCCUUCCCCGACGACUUGACAGCUGCGUGGCCCGACUGGGCCCUGCCCCGGCUCUCCUCUGCCUGGCCGGGGACCCUCAGGUCUGGCCUGGUGCCACGGGGGCCGACGGCCCCUUCCAGAUUUGGAGUGCCCUCCGAAGGCAGGAGCCCCCCACCUUUCCCCGGGGAGCCCUGGAAAGUGUGUGUUAAUGUGCACAGCUUCAAGCCAGAGGAGCUGAUGGUCAAGACCAAGGAUGGCUACGUGGAGGUGUCCGGCAAACACGAAGAGAAGCAGCAAGAAGGCGGCAUCGUCUCCAAGAACUUCACAAAGAAAAUCCAGCUUCCCGCAGAAGUGGAUCCCGUGACCGUCUUUGCCUCGCUUUCCCCAGAAGGUCUGCUGAUUAUCGAAGCUCCCCAAGUUCCCCCAUACUCCCCAUCUGGAGAGAGCAGUUUCAACAAUGAGCUUCCUCAAGACAGCCAGGAAGUGCCCUGUACCUGAGACCCCAGCCUUGGCCCAGCCCUGUGCCCUCCCUGGCUCCAGGGCUUCUCUUAUUCCAGGGUGCAUCACCUUAGCUGAACUGAUAGAUUUAGCGUGAUUAACAUGUUGGGGUGGGGUGG